AUGGUAAAUGAUGCAAUCAAAUCAAUAUCUAUACUAGCCAUACUUUUCAUUUUGAAACAUCACAAAUAUAAUUCCACUACUCCUAUUUUUCUUCAUCUUAUGGAUUUGGGUAUGGGCACAAGAGACUCCAACUGGUGGGUAUUUACACUACCAGCUUUCCUUGGUUGUAAAAGUACUCUUGUUAUUGAUGAAUAUAUUAUCCUUUCUAUUCUUUUAGCCUUUAUUUCAAUCACUCUAAUCACUUGGGCUUCUACUCCCGGUGGUGUAGCUUGGAAAAACAAAACUAGUGUUCCAGGGAGAAUUCCUGGACCACGUGGCUUUUCGAUUAUCGGAAGCCUUUUCACUCUGAGUCCUGAUGGCUUAGCUCAUCGCUCUCUAGCCACCACGGCUUGGAGUCAUAAAAAAGCUAAAAAGCUUAUGGCUUUUAGCCUUGGUUCAACCCCUUUAGUUGUAUCUUCUGAUCCUCAAAUAGCUAAAGAGAUUCUCACUUCACCUCAUUUUGCUGACCGUCCGAUUAAACAGUCGGCUAAAAGCCUCAUGUUUAGCCGAGCCAUUGGGUUCGCUCCUAACAGAAUGUAUUGGCGUCUCGUCCGUCGUAUCGCUUCUUCAUAUCUCUUCUCCCCGAACCGACUCGCGGCUCAUGAGACGAGCCGUCAGCUUGACUGUUCCGUUAUGUUACGGAAUAUAGUAAGUGAACAAUUGGAAAACGGGAAAGUCGUUUUGAGAGAACAUUUGCAAUUUGCUGCGCUGAAUAAUAUAAUGGCUAGUGUGUUUGGGAAACGUUAUAAUAAUGAUGUCGAUAGUAAAUUAGAGCUCGGAGAAUUGCAAGAUAUGGUGAAGGAAGGAUUUGAAUUAUUAGGUGCAUUUAAUUGGUGUGAUUAUCUUCCGUGGUUGAGCUUUUUCUAUGAUCCUUCGGACAUUGUCCGAAGGUGUGAAGCUCUUGUGCCGCGUGUACGAAAGUUUGUCAUUGCCAUUAUUGACGAACACAGGCGCUGCCGCAACACUUGUGCAUCCAAAAUGGUGAUGACUGAUAAUGGUGAUUUUGUUGAUGUUUUAUUAUCUCUUGAUGGAGAAGAAAAGCUGGCCGAAGAUGACAUGAUCGCCGUUCUUUGGGAAAUGAUUUUUAGAGGUACGGACACCAUGGCGCUUUUAACGGAGUGGGUGAUGGCGGAACUUGUUUUGCACCCCGAUGUGCAAAUCAAGUUACGACAAGAAGUUGAUAAUGUGACGAUGGGAAAAGUUGCGACUGAUGCGGACGCUGCUGGGAUGCCUUACUUACAAGCAGUGAUAAAAGAGACGCUAAGAGUACAUCCACCGGGCCCACUUCUCUCGUGGGCUCGGAUUUCCACAUCGGAUGUUCGGCUCAGCAAUGGCAUGGUUGUUCCUUCCCAUACAACGGCAAUGGUUAACAUGUGGGCUAUUACUCAUGACUCUGAUGUGUGGGAAAACCCGCUAGAGUUUAAGCCAGAGAGGUUUGUUGUGUCUGAAGGUGGUGUGAAUGUGGACGUGAGGGGUUGUGACCUACGUUUAGCACCGUUUGGGGCAGGAAGGAGAGUAUGCCCCGGGAAGAAUUUAGGGUUGGUCACCGUAAUGUUAUGGGUGGCUAAGUUGGUGCAGCAUUUCGAGUUUGUGGAGGAUGGGCCCCACCCGGUUGACUUGGGAGAAGUUUUAAAAUUGUCAUGUGAAAUGAAGAAUCCACUCACUGUUGUGGCCAUGCAGAGGAAUGUUUCGUUUUAGGAUUUUGUGAGUGUUUUUU